AUGCAGAGCGUCGUGGCCAACACGAUGGCCAUGAAGCCAUCAUCAAACAACUCAAACCACAACCAAAACCAAAACCAAAACCAAAACCAUAACACCAACCACAAGCCGCGACACGACGCUCUAACCGUAAGCAGCAUCAAGAAGCAACAACGCGAGCUCGAGGACCCCGCCACCAAAGCCGAGAUGAAAUCAAUGGCGGCCCGCGCCCUCCGCUACCUCUGCGCCGGCAACGUCAACAUCUGCCGAAGCGUAACCGAGUCCCGCGCCCUCCUCUGCCUCGCCGUCCUCCUCGAAAAAGGCCACGAAGACGUUCGAUACAACUCCGCCCUCGCCUUAAUGGAAAUCACCGCCGUCGCCGAACAAGACUCGUCCCUCCGCCGCUCGGCUUUCAAACCGACGGCCCCAGUCGCCAAAGCCGUGGUCGAGCAGUUCCUCGGGAUAAUCGAGAAACCCGACUCAGAACUCAUGGUCCCGAGCAUUCGGUCGAUCGGGAACCUCGCGAGGACUUUCCGCGCGACCGAGACUCGGUUCAUCCGACCACUCGUGAAGCUACUCGACGAAACCGAGCCGGAGGUGAUGUGUGAGGCGGCGCUGGCGCUGAAUAAGUUUGCGGGGCCGGAUAAUUUCUUGCACGAGACGCAUUGCAAGGAGAUUAUUAAGGAGGGGGGGAUCAAGCACUUGCAGCCGCAGGUUUACUUCGGUGAGGUCGGCUUGGUGCAGCUGCCAUGUUUUGUUUUGUUGUGUUACCUGGCGAUGCACGUGCCGGACAGCGAGGAGCUGGCGAACGAGGAUGUGAUUCAUAUUCUCGAAUGGGCGGCGAAGCAGCAGGUUUUCAUUCAGGAUAAGGAGAUGGAGACGUUGGUUAACGAGGCGAAGAAUAGGUUGGAGUUGUACCAGUCGAGAGGGUCCAAAGGGUACCAUUGA